AUGACGUCUGGUACUGUCUCCUCUCUCGUGCUGCUCUUGUUGAGCUCUUCGGUAUUUGCACAGCAGCAAGUACAGUACAACCAGGUACUUAAUGUAAAUGGCGAUAUGAACCUCAACUCCUUCGUCUUCCCCGACCGCUCCAAGGUCGAGACGUACUCUCAAAAGCAGCAACAGAUAAUCGUUAAUCAGCAACAACCCGCCAUCCCCGCCAACCAGGUCACCGGCUCUACUGGACAGCCUUUCGUCGCCAUCACUACCCAGUCCAUGACCAUCAGCACCAACGGCGCUACAGACCUGGUCGGUGGACAGGUAGAGAUGGCUAUGACGAUGCAGAACUUGCAGUCGGCCGCUGUUCAGCCUGGUAACACAUACGUUGCCAUGCUCUCCCCUGACCGCCAAAGCUGGAUGAUCCAGGAAACCAUGAGAAGCGUCAACACCACUGACAUGACUGUCCGUAUGGUCAAACGCAACCAGCUUGAUGGCGAGUACAUGGUUGUCGGUCGCCAGACCGUCGAGACCAACACUCUCGUCACACCUUUCGGCAGCAGCGGUGCCACUCAGGUUGCCAUUCAGGGCACUGGUCUUCAGGAGAACGAGUUCCAGGACGGAUUCAGGAUGGCUACUCGUGCCACUCAGCCUAUGCUCAUGAACGUCGACGUCAAAAAUGGUAUCGACUCUGGCAUGCUGGCUGGUCUUAAGGGCCAAAGCGCAGUCAACAACUACCGCUACUCUGUUAUCACCAACCUGGCCGCUGUCACACCUAACCUCAACCAGCAGGUUACCGUUGUCCAGAUGCCCAUCAACGCUGUCCGUAUCCAGAAGAUGAUGCAAGCCAUGGGCGUCCCUCCCACCGGUCAAGUCGCCAUCGCCGUCGCCCAGCGUGGUGUCCUCCAGAACCCCGGCGGUGCAACCGGUCAGCUCCAGGGCGCUGGUGCUCCCACCCAGAAGCGCACUCCCUCCCGCGACGACUUCCGCAAGGAUAUUGCUGCUCGCCAGAUCAACACCGGCAACACUAACACCGGCAACACAAACACUGGUAACACAAACACUGGCAACACAAACACCGGCAACACAAACACCGGCAACACAAACACCGGCAACACAAACACCGGCAACACAAACACCGGCAACACAAACACCGGCAACACAAACACCGGCAACACAAACACCGGCAACACAAACACCGGCAACACAAACACGAACAACCAGGGAAACACCGGAGGCACACCUACCAACGGCAACAACCCCGUUGCUGUUCAGCUGCUCCUUGCCCCGACCUUCACUCCCGUCCAGGCCAACGCUGUGCUCGACCAGGCCAACAUGCGCAUUGCAGUUCCCGUCCGCCAGGUCGAUGGAGAGUUCAUCCUUGUCAUGCAGAUGAUGGGCGCCGCCGCUCAGGCUGCUCCUCAGGCUGCAACUCCCGCUGGCGAGGCUGCCCCAGCUGCUCAACCCGCUGCUGCUCCUGCCGCCGCCGCCCGUCCUGCCGAAGCUUCUCCUGCCGCAGCUUCCCCUUCCGGGGAGGAAGCCAAGCCUGCUGCUGCUGGCGAGUCCCCAAAGCCCGCGAUCGAAGCCGCAAAGACCGACCCGUCGGCCAAGCUCGAGGCCGGCAAGCCUGGGGCCCCCGCGAAGCCCGAGCGACGCCAGUCCUCAGAAAAGAAGGACAAGUACGGUCUCCCCGAGGCGCCUCCGGGCGCCGUCAUCAUGACCAUGAAGCAGAUCGACGAGAUGGCCAGCUUGGUUACCUGGGGCGGUCAAGCGCCCAUCACCCAGAUGAUGAACGACUACGUCAAGGCGCAGACCGGCAAGGGGCUCGGAACCCCCAAUAACGGCACCAGCGCUUCGAGCGCGGCCGGCGGUAUUGCUGGCAUCACUGUCUAG